AUGACGACGAAUUCGUGCGCCGUGGAGACGGCUCUGGCGCGGAAUCUGCUGUCAUCGGUGAUGGCACUGGUGCUCCCUUGUGACCUGGAGAGUGACAAUGCUGAGCUGGAGUCGUUUGUGACACAACAAUCGGCUCUGCGUAAGGCUCUAGAACGCCACAACGUCUUUGGCCUCGUGACGGAUGGCAAGGCACUGAUGAAAUGGCAGACCAGGCUGCUGCAGCUUAUAGAGGGACCACCUGUUGCUUGUCGCAUAGGAUGGGAGCUGCUACUGACAACAACGCGUCAGAGUCCGCUGAUACGACUUGAAUCGCUGGCUGUAAAGCUGCUGGAGCGCGUCGUGAAGCUGCUGAAGCAGCAGCAGUUGAUGAAACGAGAGGCUGUGGAUACAGAAGAAGCCACUGCUACUGCUGCUUGUGGUGUGGCUCAGUCACUGCUUCUUCAUGUGGACAGGUUCAAUUCGGACACGCGUCGUGAUGUGCUGGAGCUGCUGGGGAAGCUUCUGCAGCCGUUGGUAGCGUUGCUUUCGAGCAAGUGGAAGACCAGCAAGAAGAAUUUGAUUAUUGCACAAUUGGAGCUCGUUGAAACACUGUUGUGUGCGUCUCCUAACUCUCUUAGAAGUUAUGCUGCGAAGAUCGAGUCUGCUUGUGUGGAUGCGCUUUUCCCAGCUGCUGAUGGGAAGUAUACUGAUGAGGUCGUAGCUCAGAAGGCAACAGUGUGUCUGGCACUGCUGUCCAAUGCGUCGGACAAGCCACAGCAGGUGUGGACGCAGAUGGCUCAGAAAGCAUUGGAAGCUGCGCAUCAGCAGCUUGACUCGUUUGCAGGCAAACGCUCGACCGUACUGUCGACGGACGGUGUGACGGUAAAGAAGAUGUGGGUGCAAGGCGGGGCUAGUCAACAAUUACCAAUUUAUCAGCGUGCGGAAGUGACGCUGAUUAGGAUGACUCGUGCGCUGGGUGCGUUGCGUGAGCUGCUGAGUGCUCGCACUGCAACUCGAAGCCGCGGGCAGAUCUCUGAGCGUGAGGCGCAACAGAUGCUUCCAGACAUGGUGUUAUUCGCUCGGCGUGCCAUGGGAGUGCGUGCGCACGAAGUGGGCAAGCACACGGGUGUAUCUGAUGAUGGCGUGCGGCUACCGACUAGCGUCGUAUACGCUAUGAUCCCACUUGUUCGUGUGCAAACUCUCCGCGCGGUGAGUGCAUUGGUGGAGCGCAUUGGAAUUUGCGCGUUGCGUCACGCUAGUCAAAUUACGCGUGUUUUUUUGCUUGCUUCCGAAAACGUAGGCGAUGGCGAGGAUCUCCAGGCCUUGGCAGAUGCUACAGCAGUGUGUGCACGUCGUUUGGGUGCAAGCACUGUAGAAAAUCUUGGUGCGCCUUUGCUAAAGGAGCUGAUUACGCGCUGCAAGCGCAUUCUCGGUGGAAAGUUUAUCUCUACCACUAUAUCGAACAAUAUGGCGAAGGCUUCAGCUGCACACCAGGAUGACGCAAAGAACGUUGGAAAUAAGAGCAAGAAACGGAAACGCCAGGCUGCUGCAGCAGCAACUAUUGCAGCUCUAAAUGGAGGCAACCUGUCUAUAAGCCAAGCUAACUUCGUUUCAAUGCGUGACGAAACUGUUAUUGCGCUGACCCUCAAGGUAGUUUUGGGUGCCAUCGCUGGUUGUGUGAGCGUCUACGGAAGCUUGCUACCUGAAGAGUGUCGUUCUUUGGUUCGUGAACUCGCGCUAGAAGCGAUCCAACGCCGACAUGUAGUGGGAUCAAGUCUCGCUUACGGUGCCGUGGACCCGGUAGCGCUAGUGCUUCUGUCGAAUGCGGUGACUGCUGAUGCCACAGGCUCACAUUCAGCUGAUUUGCUUUGUAGUAUCCGGUAUUGGCAGCGUCGUAUCGUAGGAUGCGGUGGAGCUUCGUCGGCACUUCAGCUUGUAGCUCUUAAUGCUGGCGAGGCAAUGCUUCACCCUCGUGCACCUCCACUGACUAUUAACUUCCAACAAGAUACCAACAAUGGCCAUAUAAAUAAUGGUCGCUUUGGGGCUAAUUUGAAGAUUAAACAAGAGUCCACUGUCUUGGGAGAUGCCAUGGACUGGGACAAAAAUGAAUGCGACGAAAGUAGUGGUGACGAAGACGCGGAAAAUGAGCAGGAAGGCGAGGACGAAACGAAAAAGUCAAAAAAGGCGUUCACCGUUUUUGAGGAAGGAAAAGAGGAGGAAGGAGAGGAGGAUAAGGAUGACGAGGACUACGACGAUGCACGUCUGCAGGCUGCUACAACGGAGGGACCGGUGGAGGCCGUUGCAUCCAUUGCGAUAGAGGAGGAUGAAGAUGAGGAAGAUGAUGACGGAGAGAAAGCGAAGCAAGCUGCAGCACGCGCAAAGAGUGAAAAUGACGACAAGCAAUUGCCAGUUGCUACACGUAUGGCGAAUAAUGACGACGAUGACGACUUUCCGGAUAUUGUCGUAGAUGAUGAUUAG